AAUUUCCUUCCUCUUUUCUGCUUUGGCUCCGGAGCCCCAGCAAAACCUCUUCAAUAUCUUGCAUGUUACAGAUUUCACUGCUCCCACCAGCUUGAAGAUAACAUGUGGUUCUUGACAGUUCUGCUCCUUUGGGAUUCCCUCUUCCUCAUCAUUUUCCCUGGACCAACUGGUAUCUUUAUUCUCUGAUCUCUUGCAGUUCCAGUUGAUGGGCAAGUGGGCCCCACAAAGGCAGUGAUCACUUUGCAGCCUCCAUGGGUCAGAGUGUUCCAAGAGGAAACCGUAACAUUACAGUGCAUGGGGCCCCAUGUGCCUGGGAACAGCGCCACACAGUGGUUUCUCAACGGUACAGCCACUCAGACCUCGAUCCCCAGCUACAGCAUCAUCUCUGCCGGUGUCAACGACAGUGGUGAAUACAGGUGCCAGACAGGUCUCUCAGUGCUAAGUGACCCCGUACAGCUGGAAGUCCACAGAGACUGGCUACUACUCCAGGUCUCCAGCAGAGUCUUCAUGGAAGGAGAGCCUCUGACAUUGAGGUGUCAUGCAUGGAAGGAUAAGCUGGUGUACAAUGUGUUUUACUAUCAAAAUGGCAAAGCCUUCAGGUCUUUCCACUGGAACUCUGAUCUCACCAUUCUGAACACCAACAUAAGUCACAACGGAAUCUACCAUUGCUCAGGCAAGGGAAGGCAUCGCUACACAUCAGCAGGAGUGUCUGUCACUGUGAAAGAGCUAUUUCCAGCUCCAGUGCUGAGUGCGUCUGUGACAUCCCCGCUCCUAGAGGGGAAUCUAGUCACCCUGAGCUGUGAAACAAAGUUGAUCCUGCAGAGGCCUGGUUUGCAGCUUUCCUUCGCCUUCUACAUGAGCAGCAAGACCCUGCAAGGCAGGAACACAUCCUCUGAAUACCAAAUAUCAGCUGCUAGAAGAGAAGACUCAGGGUUUUACUGGUGCGAGGCCGCCACAGAAGACGGAAAUCUCCUUAAGCGCAGCCCUGAGUUGGAGCUGCAAGUGCUUGUCCCCCAGUCACCAACUCCUGUCUGGUUUCAUGUCCUUUUCUAUAUGGUAGUGGGAAUUAUGUUUUUAGUGGACACUGUUCUCUACGUGACAAUAUGUAAAGAACUGAAAAGACAGAAAAAGUGGAAUUUAGAAAUCCCUUUGGAUUCCGGUCAUGAGAAGAAGGUAACUUCUGACCUGCAAAAACACAGACAUUUAGAAAAAGCCCUGAAGCGUCAGGAACAAGAAAAACAGCCGCGGGACAGGGUGUACCGGAAGGCGCUCCGGGAGGCCAAGUAGCAGCAGCUCGUGGGUGGCCAUCGGUCUGGACGGUCCCCUGCCCACUUCCUCCCCAUGAGCACUGCUCACAAUCGUCCAAAAGUUCACCACCACCAGAACUGUAGGUCUCACGGAAUAUAAUAAUUAAUUAAAGGAAAUAAACGAACUGACUUCAACCGGG